AUGGCACUGACCAGUCACGACCCCAAGAAUACUGAGCCAAUUUUGCCCGAAAAUAUAUCGAUGGCGUUCGGCGAGGCUGAGUACCUCGAGGAUUGUCAAGUCCACAGUAUCAGUGCCGAUGACACGAUUGAUGCCGACACGGUCGACCCGGAGACACCUCCAGAUGGAGGCUGGCAGGCAUGGAAGGUAGUGUUGGGAGCCUUCGUCGCUUUCAUGUGCAGUUUUGGAUGGUUACAAUGUAUUGGCAUUUUUCAAGACUACUACCAGAAUGAUAUACUUCGCGGAAUGUCGCCGAGUACGAUUGCUUGGAUUCCUUCUGUACAGUCCUUCGUAAUGUACAUGAUGGGUAUCGUGACGGGGCCCGUGUACGAUAACUACGGAGCAAGAUGGCCCAUGUUGGCAGGCUCAUUCCUCACAGUCUUGGGAAUGAUGCUGACCUCCAUAUCCACAAAAUACUACCAAAUUUUUCUUUCGCAGAGUAUUUGCUGGGGUGCGGGACUGGCUCUUGUUUUCUUCCCUACUGCAAGUGUCUUGGGAUCAUGGUUUAAAAGACGCUAUUCCCUUGUCAUGGCUGUCGCUGUGUGUGGCUCAAGUGUUGGCGGAGUCAUCUUCCCCAUAAUGAUGGAUCGCAUUGUUCAACCUCUGGGCUUUCCAUGGGCAGUUAGGAUCGCCGGCUUUCUGAACCUGGUACUUCUGGUCAUUGUAAAUAUGAUGGUCAAGUCUCGAAUACUGCCACGACCUCAACCAUUACGCAUUGUGGACUUUUUUAAACCUUUCGCCAAACUUCGAUUCUGUCUGACCGUGUUCGGUGCAUGUUUGGUAUACUUUAGCAUCUUUCUACCAUACAACUAUGUUAUUGUGCAGGCGAAAGAGGCCGGAAUGUCAGCAGGGUUUGUUCAGUAUCUGGUCCCAAUCAUGAAUGCCGCAAGUAUACCUGGGCGUGUCAUACCGGGGUAUUAUGCUAUUCAUUAUGGCGGUUAUAACGUUUUCAUUCUCAUAUCAACGAUCGCGGGUGUUUUGUGCCUCGCAAUGUGGUUGCCGGCGAGAUCGGAUGUCGCUAUAGCCGCUUUUGCUGGACUCUAUGGAGCUUUUGGUGGCGGCAUAUUCACCAUGGUUUCUUCACUGGUUAUUUAUGAUUGCCCUGUCCGCGACAUGGGAACUCGAUUUGGAACGUUUUUCUUAUCGACAUCAUUUCUGAUACUGGCGGGUAAUCCGGUUGGCGGAGCAAUUGUCUCGCUUGAAGAUGGGGGUUAUACUGGCUUGAAGAUUUUUACUGGAGUUACCAUGUUGGCCGGAGUAUUUUCGAUCGUAGUAGCGAGAUUGAUGAUCACCGACUUCAAGAUCAUGGUCAAAGUAUGA